AUGGAGUACGGAUCUGGAAACGGUGCUCCUGCCACUGGCGGACGCGCUUGCUACAACUGCGGUGAUGCCUCUCACCAGGCCCGCGAGUGCCCAACCAAGGGCAACCCGACCUGUUACAACUGCGGUAACACGGGACAUCUAUCGCGGGAGUGCACCGAGCCUGCCAAGGACAAGGCCUGCUACUCGUGCGGCGAGACUGGACACAUGUCUCGCGAGUGCCCUAGCGGUGGCGGCGGUGGACGUGGCGGUUUCGGCGGUAACUCCGGUGGCGGUGGCCAGGAGUGCUACAAGUGCGGCAAAGUCGGUCACAUUGCCCGCAGCUGCACUGAGGGUGGUGGAUACGGUGGCGGUGGAUACGGUGGCCAGCAGGGCGGCUAUGGUGGCGGACGUGGCGGUUACGGCGGUGGCGCUGGCGGCCAGACUUGCUACACCUGCGGCGGCUACGGCCACAUGAGCCGUGACUGCACCCAGGGCCAGAAGUGCUACAACUGCGGCGAGGUCGGUCAUCUUUCUCGCGAGUGCCCAACUGAGGCCUCCGCUGAGCGUGUGUGCUACCGCUGCAAGCAGCCGGGCCACGUCCAGGCUGCGUGCCCCAACUAA